GAACCAGGAAAUCGAAAAAGCCUGGCUGAGAGAGGAGGGCAGUGCAAAGCCACAGACGCAUCUAAUAUUUAUCUCAAACCUGCUACGCCUGGGACUGGGGAGCUGUCAUCUGCCAGAGCUGAUUAUGCAUGCAGCGGCAGCAGAGCCUGAUUGGGUGUAGUAGGACCUAAGGCGAGGGGGAGAGGGAGUGGGGAGAGAGUUGAGCUUGCAGCACUGAAAUGUAAACAGUGGGAAGGCAGACGGACGGAGUGUAACGCCUUUCGGCAGUGAACAGCGCACCGCACGCUCUCAGGGCAGCGCACCUCUCGCCCAUCUAGCCGAGCCCGGCUGGAUGAAGAGAAGCGGCGGCUCCAGAGGAUCUCCUCCUGCCUGUGGAUAUAAAUAGGGGGCAAUUGGGAUGCGCUAGCUUCCUUCGGCACUGCAGCUCCGCUGUGCUCCGCACCGGAGCUCAGACGGGGCAAUGGAAAUGAACAUGAAGAAGUUCACGGUGCGGCGGUUCUUCUCCGUCUAUCUCCGCAAGAAGUCUCGGUCAAAGAGCUCGAGCCUAAGUAGAUUUGAGGAAGAAGGUAUAGUGAAGGAAAUAGACAUCAGUCAUCAUGUGAAGGAAGGUUUUGAAAAAGCAGAUCCUUCUCAGUUUGAGCUGCUGAAAGUAUUAGGACAAGGUUCAUAUGGAAAGGUAUUUCUAGUGAGGAAGAUUAAAGGAUCUGAUGCAGGUCAGCUUUAUGCCAUGAAGGUACUUAAGAAAGCAACUCUGAAAGUUCGGGAUCGGGUACGGUCAAAAAUGGAGAGAGAUAUUUUGGCAGAAGUGAAUCAUCCUUUCAUAGUCAAGCUUCAUUAUGCAUUUCAGACAGAGGGGAAGUUGUAUCUAAUACUAGAUUUCCUGCGGGGAGGGGACCUUUUCACAAGACUCUCCAAAGAGGUGAUGUUUACAGAAGAGGAUGUCAAGUUCUACUUAGCUGAGCUGGCCCUGGCUUUAGACCACCUCCAUGGGCUUGGAAUUAUUUACAGGGAUCUGAAACCAGAAAACAUUCUUCUUGAUGAAGAGGGACACAUUAAGAUAACAGAUUUUGGUCUGAGUAAAGAAGCCAUUGACCAUGACAAGAGAGCAUAUUCGUUCUGUGGGACAAUAGAGUAUAUGGCCCCAGAGGUGGUCAACCGCCGAGGACACACACAGAGUGCUGACUGGUGGUCUUUUGGUGUGCUCAUGUUUGAGAUGCUGACAGGAUCGUUACCGUUCCAGGGUAAAGACAGAAAAGAGACAAUGGCUCUUAUUCUCAAAGCCAAGCUGGGAAUGCCACAGUUCUUGAGCAUAGAAGCCCAGAGCCUGCUGCGAGCCCUCUUCAAAAGGAACCCAUCCAACAGAUUAGGUGCUGGAUUUGAUGGAGUGGAAGAAAUUAAACGUCACCCUUUCUUUGUCACUAUAGACUGGAAUAAACUAUACAGGAAAGAAAUCAAGCCACCUUUCAAGCCUGCAGUGGGACGGCCAGAAGACACCUUUCAUUUUGAUCCAGAGUUCACAUCUCGGACCCCCACAGAUUCCCCAGGUGUUCCUCCAAGUGCCAAUGCUCAUCAUCUUUUCAGAGGGUUCAGCUUUGUUGCGUCUAACUUGGUGCAGGAGCCUGCACAGCAAGAUGUGCACAAAAUCACUGUUCAUCCAAUUGUGCAGCAAUUACAUGGGAACAAUAUUCACUUUACAGAUGGAUAUGAGAUCAAGGAGGACAUAGGAAUUGGCUCCUAUUCAGUGUGCAAGAGAUGUGUUCAUAAAGCAACAGAAACAGAGUUUGCGGUGAAGAUAAUUGAUAAGAGCAAGAGAGACCCCUCUGAAGAAAUUGAGAUUCUCUUGCGAUAUGGACAGCACCCAAACAUCAUUACUCUUAAAGAUGUAUACGAUGACGGGAAAUACGUGUACCUGGUGAUGGAGCUGAUGAGGGGAGGCGAGCUCCUGGACCGCAUUCUUCGGCAGAAGUGUUUCUCAGAACGAGAGGCCAGCGCUGUGCUGUGUACUAUCACCAGGACUGUGGACUACCUGCACUCCCAGGGUGUGGUGCACCGGGAUUUGAAGCCAAGUAAUAUCCUCUACAUGGAUGAGUCAGGAAACCCAGACUCCAUCAGGAUCUGUGACUUUGGCUUUGCCAAGCAACUGAGAGCGGAGAACGGGCUGCUCAUGACUCCCUGCUACACCGCCAACUUUGUCGCCCCUGAGGUCCUUAAACGCCAAGGUUACGAUGCAGCCUGUGACAUCUGGAGCUUGGGGAUCCUGUUGUACACCAUGUUGGCAGGGUUCACUCCUUUUGCAAAUGGACCAGAUGAUACCCCAGAGGAGAUUCUGGCUAGGAUUGGCAGUGGCAAAUAUGCUCUUACAGGAGGAAACUGGGAUUCAGUAUCUGACACUGCAAAGGACAUUGUGUCUAAGAUGCUUCACGUAGACCCUCAUCAGCGCCUCACAGCAGUUCAAGUGUUAAGACAUCCGUGGAUAGUGAACAGGGAGUACCUGUCUCAAAACCAACUCAGCAGACAGGACGUUCACCUGGUGAAGGGUGCCAUGGCAGCCACUUACUUUGCUUUAAACCGAACACCUCAGGCACCAAGGCUGGAGCCUGUAUUGUCCUCCAAUCUGGCUCAGCGGAGGGGCAUGAAAAGACUUACCUCAACCAGGUUGUAGCAGUACCCUAAGAGGCCUCUUUGGAAACCCACAGUUUAUUAUUUGACAGAUUCAUCUUUUCUUGGUUAGUAGAACUUUUUGGACACCUUGCAUACAAAAUCACCAGAACUAGCAAAAGCCCAGUGUAAGGCAAAGUUUGCCUUUGCUCCAUCAUUUCUUUUACAUUCCAGCCAGGAUCCUGAGUUUAACAACUUCAUAAAGAUGUGCCAAUUUUGCUGGUAGCUCCGUUUCCUUCCUGAGAUAAAGCCAAAUAAAGUAGACGUGCUCCAUCCUUCCCUCCCUAGGAAAUACUAUUUUUGAGUCUUGAAGAUGUUCCGUGGGAACAUAGUUUUCAUUUUGUUUCUCAAGAAAAGCACUUUUUGUAAUGAAGACGCAGUCAGGUUUGAAUGUUCUCAGCGGUUCCAGCAGGCGUCAUGAUGAAGUGGCUCGGCUGGUCACCCAUAAACACCUACUGAUCUCCACUCGCUCCAGGAAGAGUGAAGGCUGCAGGGACACACGGAUGAUAUCUUACUUGAAAUAAGUGCUAUACGACAUGAAGGAGAGAAAGCUGCCGGUGGUGGAAAUACCUUCUGAUUUCAAGAAAUUUUUUGCACUUUGCCCCUGCUCUCUCUGGAAAAAAGUCAGCACUGCUUGAGGAGGAGCUCAUGCCGUGAGCUUGACUUACUUGGAGGCCUGGCCCACCAAGAGCGGAAAGUCUCUGAGAAACUUGGUCCUCCAAGGAGAUUAUGGGGUCUCAUGAAACUGUGGGAAAGCAUUCAUGUAAAACACUGGGAGUAGGAGCCUGUGGGUCGGGGGACACAAGGGUAUCUGGUCUUGGCUAGCAAGGAGAACAGCAGGCAAAUCCACCCACGGUAGCGUGGUGGGGAGCGCUGCCCAAGGGAGAUGACGUGCAGGUGCUUCGGAGGCAGACCAGGGUUCCCUCUGAGGGAAGGGGACAUUCCCCAAUUGGGGGUGGUUCAGAAGAGGGUCUGUGGGUGCCUGGGGUGCAGAGGGGCUGGGCAGGGUGGUGCAGCUGCCCUCCCAUAGUGCUGAUCCUGCUCCAGGCCUCCUGCGGUGGGCUGGGUGC